GGGGAGGGGUAAAAAUAUACCUUAUAUACACACAUGUCUGCGCAUGCCAGUUGUUUGAUUUUACAUUAAUUAGCACUCUGUAUUUCAAGCCUGAGACAUGAACUCGGGCUCUUGAAGACUUCAGUCCUUUCUUUAAGGGAGAGGGAGAGAAUCUGUGUGGCUGUUUGGAAUUGCCAGAUAGAAGGCAGCUGGGGUGUCCCGUUUUGUGUAUCUUCCACUAGGCAGCAGGCGUAUCCCAAACCAUGGGAAUCAACUAGUGACUAAUCUAAGUAUAUUCCAGGUUUCCUGGACACAACAGCUUCUCAAAUGUAUCAAGAGAUCUUCCUGUAAUUUUGUAAGAGUCUAUUGUAAAUGUGCAAUGUAAAACCUUUUUUCCAGCUGGCUGGAAUUUCCAAGCAGGGGGUUAACCGAUCUAGGAAAAGGGAACAAUUAACAGCUACUUUUAGUUUGGCAUAAACCAUGGAGCAAAAGCUAGUGCUUGCAAACUCAUGCCAUAAUUUAUUGGAUCAUUUUCCUUCAAGGUGCUUCAUGUUUGCUGCUGUUAGUUCUGCGGACAAACACAGUUGCCACCUUGGAAACAAUCAUUUAAUCUAGAAAAUAACUUAGAUUACAACUUGCUACAAGAUGCGAAUCGUAGUUGCCUUUCCUUGCCUGCACAGGGCUUUUCUGUGUAAUCCUGAAAUACGGACGCAUUGAGACUAUGUGCAUCCGGCAGGCUACCUUUCCCCUCUUAGCAGACGGAGAUAGAUAAAGACAACAGAGGCUCGGAGAUAGAUAAAGACAACAGAGGCUCGGCACAGUAAGCCCCCCUCCCAAGCCUGGGAACUGAGCAGUUCCUCUCCAAAGCUAUGACAGCUCACUCCUGUGAGAAGAGGAGGGGGAGGAGGCUGCGCAUCCUCUUGGCCCCCCCAAGGGCUGUGUGCAAAAGAAUCUGUUUCCAUGUGAUGCAGUCGCUUUGCUAACAAAAGGGUUGGGUAUAAAUUGUACUGGAAAGGCGGCACCUCUGUGCAAAACAAGGGAAUAGGAGCGGAGCGGCUUCUCCUGCUGCCCUUCCGCAGCUUUUCUGGGGCUGCCGUUGUGUAUCACAUCUGCAAUUUGCUGCCAGAGCAUCCCUGGGGGUCCUGCAGCCUCAGCGGCGGCAGCUCGCUGGCUCUCCGAAGCAAUCCUGCCCAUGUUUCUCUGCUGGGCUUCUGCUGACGACGCUGGUGAGGCAGGUGCCCCAGUCCUUGCAGACGCCCCCUUCACAGCCAUUUAUGGUGAAGCUACACUAAAAACCUCAGCAGCAUAGCACGUUUUCCCAGGGAAAGGAACAGGACUGGUAGAAAAAGAUCUACAAGUACAAGAAAGUGCUGAGUAAUCCAAGCCGCUUGGAAGUGGUUCUGAAGGAGAUCCGGACGUUGGUGGACAUGGCACUGACUUCUCCGUUGCAGGAUGAAUCUAUCCAUCAAGCUCCUCUUGAGAUCGUUUCCAAGUUGCUCUCAGAGAAUACCAACCUAACCACUCAAGAGCAUGAAAAUAUUAUAGUGGCACUGGCUCCUUUACUGGAAAACAAUCAUCCUCCUCCUGACUUGUGUGAAUUUUUUUGCAAGCACUGCAGAGAACGCCCUCGCUCCAUGGUGGUCAUAGAAGUGUUCACGCCGGUCGUCCAAAGAAUCCUCAAACACAACAUGGAUUUUGGAAAGUGCCCUCGGUUGAGGCUCUUCACUCAGGAGUACAUUCUGGCCUUGAAUGAAUUGAAUGCUGGCAUGGAGGUCGUGAAGAAGUUUAUCCACAGCAUGCAUGGACCAACGGGGCAGUGCCCUCAUCCCAGGGUCCUGCCAAAUCUCGUCGCCGUAUGUUUAGCAGCUAUUUAUUCUUGCUACGAGGAAUUCAUCAACAGCCGAGACAACUCUCCAAGCCUGAAGGAAAUUCGGAAUGGCUGCCAGCAGCCCUGCGACCGCAAGCCCAACUUGCCUCUCCGGCUGCUCCACACAAGUCCCGACCUGGUGUCCCAAGAGGCCACUUUGGCCGAGUCCCGCCACAAGUCGGUCAUCAUCACCUCCAGCGAGGUCCACGUGGAGGUGGAACGCAACAACUCCACCAACCAGAAGAUGACGGCCAACGCUGGGAAUGACAGUGAGCUGAACCUCAUAGACUGCUUGAUGGUCAGCCCCGCCUGCAGUACGAUGAGCAUUGAACUCAGCCCCCAGGCGGACCGCAUCCUUGGCUGCUACGUGGAAAUUCUCAAGAUGCUAUCUGACUAUGAUGAUUGGAGACCUUCUCUCGCCAGCCUACUUCAACCCAUCCCCUUCCCCAAAGAGGCUCUUGCACACGAGAAGUUCACAAAGGAACUGAAGUACGUCAUUCAAAGAUUCGCGGAAGAUCCAAGGCAGGAAGUCCACUCCUGUUUGCUGAGUGUGCGGGCUGGCAAAGACGGCUGGUUCCAGCUCUACAGCCCCGGAGGCGUGGCGUGUGAUGACGACGGAGAGCUCUUUGCCAGCAUGGUUCAUAUUUUAAUGGGCUCUUGUUACAAGACGAAAAAGUUCCUGCUUUCGCUGGCUGAAAACAAAUUAGGUCCUUGUAUGUUGCUGGCUUUGAGGGGCAACCAGACCAUGGUGGAGAUUCUUUGCCUGAUGCUGGAAUACAACAUCAUAGACAACAAGGACACCCAGCUCCAGAUCAUUUCCACCCUGGAGAGCACCGAUGUGGGGAAGAAGAUGUAUGAGCACCUCUGUGACAGGCAGCGGGAGCUGAAAGAGCUGCAAAGGAAAGGAGGGCCCACCAGGUUAACACUGCCGUCAAAAUCCACCGAUGCAGACCUGGCCCGGUUGCUAAGCUCAGGCUCCUUUGGCAACCUGGAGAACCUCAGCCUGGCCUUCACCAAUGUCACGAGUGCCUGUGCAGAGCAUCUCAUCAAACUGCCUUCGCUGAAGCAGCUGAACCUGUGGUCGACUCAGUUCGGAGAUGCAGGUUUGCGGCUUCUCUCGGAACACCUCACAAUGCUCCAAGUGCUCAACCUGUGCGAAACACCUGUAACUGAUGCCGGGCUGCUGGCACUGAGCUCCAUGAAAAGCCUGUGUAGUUUAAAUAUGAACAGCACCAAGCUUUCAGCGGACACCUAUGAAGAUCUUAAGGCAAAAUUGCCCAAUUUGAAGGAAGUGGAUGUUCGCUACACCGAAGCCUGGUGAAACCUCUUCUGCUGAAUUUUUAGUUUUUGACAAAAAGGAGAAGUAUUUCGGAAACCAUAAAAAGGCAGAGAACUAAACUUUUGGCUUCUGUGUAUAGAGAGCAGCAAGUUCUGAGGAGUUUGCUUUUAAGAGCUGUGUUUGUGAGGUAGCGAGUGCGGUUUUGUGUGUGGGAGGGAACAGCACAUGCCCAAACCCUGGCCAAAUUCUUUCAGUUUUGUACGAUGAAAUUCAAUAUUGUCUAAAUUAAUGGGGGUGGGGAAGCAAGACAGUGUGGCUGCAAACAGGUUAGGGAAAGAGGCGGUGCCCAUCUGGAUUUUCGUUUGCUUUUUAUGUGCGUGUGCGCGGUUUCUACAUGCCAUUUGGGAAGAAAAGAAUACACCAGAAUAUAUAUCAGUUUUUCAUAUUUUUCCAUGAAUGGAUCUCACCCUCAAGGUGCUUUUCCAUCUUUCCUGCUAUUAAAAAAAAGAAAGUAAGUAUGAGAAAUCAAGAGAAGAAAAAGAUUUUCACCUCUUGCUCUGUACUUAUGAUCAUUAUACAAAGUAAUUUUGUUGUACAUACAAUUUACAUAAUGCACCUAUUUAAGAAAUGGUUCACAAAUAACAGGUCUGGGACCUGUCUCUUAUUUAUGAAUUGUUAAUUCUUUUAUCUUUUUUGUUUGUUUUCAUUUGUUUCGCGUCUAGUACUGUAUGAGCUAGUUUGCCAUCUUGCUGUUCUUUGUGUUUAAAUAACCAAGGAAAACCUUUUUUAAAUAAUGACAUUUUAGCAAUGCUCUCCCGUAUUGCAUUGUGUCUGUCACAGCCGUCAGCUCACUGCAUUUCUGAUUUGUAACUGCCUCGCGUUUUGUUCAGACAAUGGAAAAUAGGCAUAUAAAUAUAUUUAUAUUACAGAUACAAAAGUGAAAAGAUGGGUGGGCAUUUGCGAAUAGUCAGGGAAUGACCCAAGUCCUACUUUAAAACUGUGUCAGGGUUAAGAUGUUUCGGGUGGUAAGAUGCUCUUACUCAUUUCCGGAAAAGGGUAGCCAGAAGAACUUGAGUUUUGCAUAAAACUUAAGUUGAGCCAUCAAGCAUCUGUGUCAGACUUGCCAGGGUAUCUCUUGGUAUUGUUUGGUUUCUGCUUAUGUCCAAUAUUUCAAGGGAAAGUCCUUCCUCCCAGAUAGACACUUUCUUUCCACAGAUCCUUUCCCGUCAUUCUGGCACCUGGGCUGCUUGCCUCUUACACAGGUCACUUCAGUUCAAAAGAUGGAGAUACGCCCUCUUUGAUCUGACGGGUUUCUAUGUACCAACCUGAAGAUAUAACCACUAUGUGUUUUCUUAUCCUCCUACGAUUACUUCCCUGUCUCUCCUAAAUGUGUUUUCUUUUAUAAAUAUGGUUUUGGAUUCCACCCUCCGAAGAAUAGCAAUCUUUGAAUGGAGCAAUUUCUUUUUUUAUAUAAAUAAAAAAGCAAAACUUUUUCUUUGUUUUACUUUUCAAGUUUAUUCAGUUCUUUUUGCACCUUGAGAUUAACAUCCAGGCAAUGUAAUUUUUAUACAUAUAUAUAAAUAUAUAUAUAUAUAUAUAUAAAUAUAUAUAUAUUUAAUUGUACUCCAUGGGAAGCAAAGCUUUUACUGUUCUAGUUGUCUUAGGUUUUUUUUUUUAAUUUUGUUGAUAGGUAGCUUAUUCACACUUUGAGUCUCCAUCUCUUGAUUCUCCCAUAUAUAUAUAUAUAUAUAUAUAAAUAUAUAUAUAUAUAAAAAUAAACACACACACCCAUUAACAAAAAUGGUUGGUUCAAGUCUUAAUUCAUAUAGUGUGAUAGUUUUUGUUUUUUCUGCCUUAUAUCCCAAGCUGUCUAAUAAAAUCAGUGAGGGAAGAAAAGGAAAAAGAAAAGAAAAAAGGGAGAUAAACCUUACGCCAACAUUUUAUCCUUAACACUGUUGCUUUUACUGAUGGAUUACUACUGUUCUGUAGCCGUGUAUAAAACGAAAAAGGAAAAAAGAUGUGAAAUAAUUUCAGGUGAAAAAUAAACUGCAAGUGAGUAUCUUUUA